UUUUUUCUAGUGAUUCCACAACGUGUCCUAACUCUGAAGUCCCCUUACUCUUGGUUAUUCUACUCUUCUUUCUCCUCCUCAGAACCUCAAACACCAAAACCAAGCAUUACAAUUCCCAAUUUCACAGAAACACCAGAAUUAAUAAAACACAUAACAACAAAAGAAGUGAAAAAUGGCGAGCUCAGUGGAGAAGGAGGGUGGCGCGAGCGAGGAAACUUUCUCUGUGGAGCUUCCUGCUCCACCUGGUUGGAAGAAGCUGUUCAUCCCAAAGAAAGCUGGUACCCCAAAGAAAAACGAGAUUGUGUUCACUGCACCAACAGGAGAGGAGAUCAAUAACAGGAAGCAGCUGGAAAAAUAUUUGAAAGCACACCCUGGUGGUCCAGCUGUAUCAGAAUUUGACUGGGGCACUGGUGAGACCCCAAGAAGAUCUACAAGAAUCAGUGAGAAGGCAAAGGCAGCUCCUCCAAUAGAAAGCGAGCCCCCAAAGAAACGUACUAAAAGAUCAUCAGCUUCACAAAAGGAAACUUCCCAGGAAGAAAAAGAAGAGAAGACAAAGGAAGCGGAAAUGCAAGAAGCUGAUUACACCACUAAGGAUGAUAAUGAUAUAGAGAAGGAAAAGGAUGUUGUAAUGGAAAAUCAAGAUGUCAAGAGUGUGGAAGAUACAGAUGUCAACAAAUCCACUCAUUCUGGAGAAGCUAAAGCUGGAGAAAAUGUUGAGGUACCUAUUGAAAAGGACAAAGGAAUUGAGGUCUCUGAAGUUUUUCUGAGAAAGGAUGAAGAAAAGAUUGAGCAACCACAGGAAGAGACAAAAGAAUAUCGUGGAUCUGGGGAGCCAGAGAAAUUGGAAACAUGCACUAUUGCUGACAAAAAGGUUGAAGUGGAAGGAGUGAAUAAAGAGGAAAACAUCAAAAGUACUCGUGAAUUUGAAGCUGAGGAAAUAGAAGGAACAAAAGUGAAUAGUGAAGAAUAUCACAAGCUUGAUGAGAUAAACAAGGCUGAAGCAGAGUUGACCAUGAAUGGCAAUCAUGGGAGCUGAACUGGCGAGGUCAAAAAGCCUGGAACAGGGAAUAGAUUAAUAAGUUCUCGGCAUCUCUCCUCUCAUUCUGACCCCUUUGGAUCUGUGUUUGAAGAUGACUUUAGUUUUUGUUAAUGUUAUUUAUCUGAUUGUUUAUUGAAACAAUAUACAAUUUUAGAGCAUAGACCUAUAAGGUACCAUCCAUGGGUGUAUUGGACAUACGUGUAGCUUCUAGUUGCUAUUGUAACAUUCUGUUGUAAGAUAUGUAAUAUGGACCAGUAAUGGAUCAAUUUCGUAAAAGAGCUUACUCGUUAUUAUAUUAA